AUGAAGAAAAGAGGAAAGAAAGUUAAACUUGAUGCGGAUCUAGAUGAAGAGGUCGAAAAUUUUGAUCUGCCUGAUUCUGAUGAUGGAUUCGAUGAUGAAGAAAGACAUAUACUUAAUAAUGCAGUUGGUCGACGCCAAAAUAAUGAAGAGCAAGAAGUGCUGAAAAUAUAUUCCUCAAGUGAAGAUUCUGAUGAAGAAGAUUUUGAAGAAGCAGAAGAAGAUGGCGAUGAAGAAGCAGAUGAUGAUGAUGGAGAAGAUGAAAGGAGGAAGGAAAAGAAAGAUGAAAUGUAUGAAGAAGGUAUUGGCAGUGAUAUGGAUUCAGAUAUAGAAGAUAGGCCAAAAGAUGAUGGUUUACCAGAUUCAAAAGCUUGGGGUUCAGAAAGGAAACAGUAUUAUGAUACUGAUUAUGUUGAUAAAGAUUAUUUAGGUUUUGAUGAUGAAGAAGCAGCUAUCGAAGAAGAAAAAGAAGCAAAUGCCAUUCAGAAGCGGCUGUUAUCACAUUUAGAAGGAACUGAUUUCUCUCUUGGCCUUCUUGAUGAGAUUGAAGAUAAGAAAAAGGAAGCUGCUAGGAGAAAGGAAGUACCAGAAGAUUCAGAAGAAGAAGAAGAAAAAGUAGAAGUCGACCUUAGUAGCUUAACUCACGAAGAAGCCCUGAAACUAUUGAAAAGAGAAUCACCUGAAUUGUUUCCUUUGAUUAAGCAUUGUAAAUCCCAACUUGUGUUCCUGAAAGAAAAAGUUUGGCCGAUCCUCAAAAUGGUAGAUGAUGGUUCUUUAAAAGAAUGCAAAGCAGUUGAGCUACUUGAACUGAUUAAUAAAAUUACUCUUCACUAUACUUUAAAUGUUCUAUUUUAUCUAUAUUCUAAAGAAAAUGGAGAAUCGACUAAUAAUCACCCAGUCUUGAAGCGAUUUAAUGCUUUCAAAAGUCUUCUACUAGAGGUGGAUGUAUUAUUGCAACAAAUAAACCCACAAAUCGAUAUGAUUCUGGAAGCGAAAGAAAAUAAUGAAGAAUUAACUUUGAAAGAAGAAACUGAACUGCCUCUUAAGAAUAGAAAAGAAAAAAGGAAACGUAAAUUAGAACUUUUAAAGAAGAAAGAAGAAGCAAAAAAAAUUAAUAAGGCCAAGAAAAGAAGGUUGGAUAAGUUGCAAAAAAGUGGCUACAUCAUGGAUCUUGAAAGGAAGUUGAAAAAGGAAGAAAUUAAGGUCCAAUAUGAAGAGGAAGAUGAAGAUGAUGAUGAUAAAGAAGAAGAUCAAAAAGAUAAAGUCGAAGAAGAUAAACGAGGGGUAGCAUUUAAAAUAUUGAAGAACAAAGGUCUGACACCGAAGAGGAAGAAGGAGAACAGGAAUCCACGAGUGAAAAACCGGAAUAAAUUCAAAAAAGCCAUCAGAAGGAGGAAGGGACAGUUUCGAGAUCCAAGGAAGGAAUUACAUAAAUAUGAUGGAGAAAUUGCUGGAAUUAAGAAAGAUAUUUCAAAGAGUAUCAAACUCAAAUAA